UCGUUCGCUCCGAGAUCUGACACGAACCGCAAGUGAAAUACUGUAACUCGUCUGGCACACAGACUCACCGCUACACACUGCUCUAUCGCAGGGUUCACUUACACAGCCUGCGUGCCACUGAGAGAAAGCCGAUCAUAAUGUAUUCGGGUAUUGUUGUCUGGUCCUUGUCGUGUCUCUUCUCCCUGCGUAAAGUUCAGCAGUUCGACUUUUCUCCUCACAGUACUCAGAAGGUCCACCACGGCAUGAGCUUUAAACUAUCUCUACACCAAUCGGAUUGUUUCCUACUGAGUUUUGUUAGGUUUUUUUUAGUUACUUUACACAUCGUCGUAUCAUUGACUACGAGCGUGCGAUAUGGACAAAAAUAUUAUAUCGCAAUCUCGGAAGACAUUUUGACGAUACACGAUAUAUCAUAUUUAGUUUUACAAAACAGUAGACAUAUAGCUGCAUAUAGAAUUGUAUUAUUAAAAAUGAUUAUACAAUGUAUUAUUAUUAUUAUUAAUAAAUCUCUAGUCAUCUGUAAGGCAAAAGUGGUAAAAAUGACUGACAAUACUUAUCAUAUAUCAGACAGAGUGCGCCUGUAGUGUUCAGAAACUUAUCAUAAUAUUGACCAUUUCAUCUAAAUGAAAUCGGUAUGGGGUUAACUGUAUAUCUAAGAAAAGUUGAUAGUACCUUUUUUUUUGACAUUUUAGGGUGGACUGUUACUUUCAACAUUGCACUUCACAUUUGCUGCUUUAGGCUCACGUUUUUAUCACACUCUCAUCUCACACACAAACGGCGUUAAAUAUAAUGACAUUUGUUUUCCUACCUUAAAGAGAUAUAUCAAAGUUGGGGAAGCAUGCUAGGCUAACGGAGAGUGAAUAUAGCUGUGGUAUUUGACUGAGAGUGCCAUUUGGCAGGUGACUGGAAAAGAAAAUAGCCAGUGACCCGCUUCAACUGUUAGCUAGAGCUUAAAUUUAGAAUGCAUGCAAGAAAAGGCCUAGGGCUGAAACACGGUGUUUGGAGAAGAGUUGAGCUUCUGUUCUGUUUUCUGCAUUGUCUGUUUACUGCAAGAAUGGUGAUUUAUGGUCUGCUGUGUAAGUAAAGACUGUUCUUCAGCUUUUCUUGUAUAUGGUUUUGGUCUCUUAGUUUUUAUCUUAAGAUUUCCAAACAGAAAAUGAGCAAAAUUUCUGCACUCUACAGCACUCCUGUGAGUCUCCUUGCCAGACACAGGCAGUGUCCAAAGGACACUUACAAGCACACAUGUUCUCUCUCUCUCUCUCUCUCUCUCUCUCUCUCUCUCUCUCUCUCUCUAUCUCUCUCUCUCUCAAUCACUAAUACACACACACACACACACACACACACACACACACACACACACAGAGUAAAUUCAGUAGAGAUCAAGGUCCAAUCUGCAUGUGAAUGUUCACUUUGGAAUAGAUUAUUUCCACUACGCUUAUUCAUGUCCAACUUUUUAUCUUCCUUUUACGCUGCACUGCUGUUCAGUAGCACUGUAGUACAAUGUUGUAGUGUUUCACAAUGUCUCUGAAUAUCUCCUUAUGUAGCAUUAGAGUGUAGUUAUGUGCAGCUUGUGCAUGUUUAGCAGUCUUUAUUGUGUAUUUGUGUAUGUACAUAGUAAAACCCAUGCAUUCUAAUGUAGGAUGGACCAGGCAUGAUUUACCAAGGCUAAUUAGCAUGCAGCAAGGUCAUUUAAGUUAAUGCAGAAGAUGUGGGCAGCUUUUACAUCUUGACUUGCUGGAUUCAGUUAGUGUGGUGCAAUAUGCAGCAUUCCCAAACUUAACAUAUCCAUGCAACGUUAGUCCAUUGUGUGGAUAUAAGUGCUUCUUUUGUGCUGUUUGUAGGCCCUCAAAAUCAAAUCAUACUGCAGAGCUCUCAUUAAAGUCCUUGGCAUUUCUUUAGCAAAGACACAGGAAGGACCCACAUGUCCAAGAUAGGGCUUGUAUUAACCCAAAAUUCUUAAAAUGUUUCAGUAAUUUGUUAGGCUUUCCCAGAAGUAGUCUUAACCUAGUAAUAACCUGUUUUUAAAUCUUUACUAAGUAUCAUUCAAAUCCAGUGCACUACAGUAAGAAACUUUGCAAAUGCAGUCAAAGUGGGUUUUGGUCUUUUUUUAGCCAGUUAUCAUUAUUGCUGCUAGUUUGGUUGUAUUUUUUCCUGAACCAGAGUGUAAGCGUGUGUCUUACACCCCCACACGCACAUCAAGCCUUUGGCCCCUCUCGUCAAACCGGUUUGAAAAGCGUUCUUCUCUCUGCCAGCGUUUAACUCUCCAAAGUGAAGACAAGAGUUCAGGGAAUUUAAACCCAGUUCACUUUUGAACUACUUUCAGUUUUGAUGCAUUGUCGUGGCACAGUACGCGACGCCGUUUGUGAAACAGAAUGUAGAACUCUGAAGACAUUUGAAACAAUGCAAGAUUUUAUUUAUUAGCCUCACUGUUUUAUGUAUUUGUCAGAAAGUAUUUUUAAAAACAUGUGCAAAUCGUACGAAGUGCACCCAGUAAUGUGCACUAGUGUGAUGUGUGGUACGUGGAUUUUUUUUUUUCCUGCAUGGUGGGGGCUGUUCAGCGAGUUCUCUAGUUGCUGAUGACGUAAAGCUGCGCUGCAGUCUGCACGCUGCUGUCUCACUGCACAUGUGCCUGCUUGCUUCCUAUGUCCAGCGUAUCCUGCCUAUUCCUUGCAUAUCCUCAAAUAAUAGGAACUAAGAUAUAUUGAAUAAAGCACACAGCAUUUAAUGACAACACGAUGUCAGUUAGAAAAUGAGUCACUUUAACCCACCUUUCUUUAAUUUGCUUGUCUUCGAAGUUCAUUCUCAGUACAGAGUUAAUAUCGUCUUCUCAGUGCUGUUUUCUGUAAUCUCUAACCACAGAAUCUGUAGCGUAUAUAUAUCAGAUUUCUGUUACACUUUCCCGACAGUAAAUGCAGGUGUAGUAUUUAUGUAUGAUUGGGCUGAAAAGCAAGCACUUGGUGUUCACAGCACAAAUGUUUUAACAGCACAAAUGUUUUAACAGCACAAAUCCCUAUUCCUCUAAAAAGUAGCCGUAUAUGUAAACUGACAAAUGAUUUAGAUCUUUAUUUACAAAUUGGUUGUGAAUGUACCUUAGACUUCCAUUUACGGGUGUGUUUUCUGAAAUAGGCUAUCUAUGUUUUUAAGGACAGGAAAAUAUCUAAAUUAUUGAUACUAUUGAACUAUCCCAUGAAUCAAGAUCGGGUUGAAAUCUGCCACUCACUGCUUUGAAUAAAGGAUCUCUCAGCACUGGACUUUUUAAAAAGGAUGACAUGCUUGCAAACACAAAGAAAAGUGUCUCUCAGCACCUGAUUUUAUUAAUUUAUUCUGUUAUUGGCACAAUGAGAUAAUUGGCAAUUGUAGUAGCACAAUUCUCUUUAUUUGACAACUUGAUUAUAGUUUUGAGGUACACUAGUGUAUUUCAUGCAUGAUUCCAAACUGCUGUGAAGUGAAUGCUUGAUUGUAAACGUGACGUUUGGCCUGCUUCUUUUUGUAUUGCUGUGUUCUCUCUCUCUCUCUCUCUCUCUCUCUCUCUCUCUCUCUCUCUGCUCGUGCUCAGUAUUGAGCCUUCGUCAGGAGAUCCCACACAAAUGACACCCCGUCUUUGUGCCGUCAAGUGCCGUGACAAAGCGCGCCGAGUAAGUACCAAGGCCAGGCGGAGUGGAGGAUGAACAUGUAUUAUGCGCCUGUAAUGAUACUGUAAGAUGACACCAGAGAGUGUGCGCCUUCUCCCUCAUUCUUUAUCGCUGUCAUUCUCCCUCCAGCUCUCUCACAUUUGACAGUAAUGUGUGUGUGUUAUUACAUGCAAUUGCUGUUCAACUGUCCAGGCUGUGUGUCUGUGUGUGUGUCUGUGUGUGUGUGUGUGUGUGUGUGUUGUACCCUGACCCGGCAUCCUCAUGGUUCUGUAAUGGAGCUUUGCAGAAGAAUUGCAAGCUACACAUGUACAUACGCAUGCAUGUUGAUGUGUGUGCGUGUGUGAAUCCGUCCCCUCAGGACCUGAAAUAGCAAAGCACCGAGGUGAGGGGGGAGGGGAAGUCAGGAGCACAGGCAUGGAAACGUGCAGAUCCUGUUACAGGAUCAUAAUAUCACUGAUGAUUCAGCGCACGCUCGCUAGCGCACCCAUUCACUUGCUCCUGCACCCCUUUGCUUUGCACUCUCACACCCUCUCUCAUUCAUUCGUUCUGUAGACCAUUCAUCUGCACAUGCAUGCAUAUACUCACUCAUUCACUCGUUCCCUUCAUCCACAGUGAGUUUUUCCCUGCUUGUUCACUAACGCAUUCAUAUUUGGUCAUGUGUUCUAUUAUGGAGGAAGUGCAUACACAGAUCAAAGAUAUAUAUACAAAGAUAAAAUGCUUAAAAUAUGGAGCUGGAUAUUGUUGGAAGAGUCAGGUCAUUAGAUUUUUGCAAAUGGAAUGGAAGGAAAAGCUUAGGACACUGAAGCAGUAAGAUCUCUCCUUAUGAGCAUGCUUUAAUCUUAGAGAAGAGCUUUCCUAACAUUUUAUCCAUGUACACUUCACAUAAAAUGUCUCUUGGGUGCUGCUUAGUAUAUACAUUUUUUAGCCAGCCUAGCAGCACUGCAGUGUUUCUAGCCUCUGCUCUGACAGUUCUGUGUUCUUCUGUCCAAAGGCCCCAGUCUUGCUUUUACACUAAUUCUGGACUUAUCCGGUGCUCUGUUUCACAUGCUUAGCUACUGCCAGGAGUGGUAUCCAGGAAGUGAGCUGCAGCUGAGCCAUGCUUUUAAAGCUACGCUGUAAAACCAAGUCAUCUUCGAAUAUUUUACAACACGUUUAAAGAAGGAAGGAACAAAUGCUCUUCUAAGUAUUGUCUUUUCAGUCCAAAAGUUCUGUGUAGAAGCCAUAUGUAAACAGGGUAAUAUCCGUGUGCCGGUGCAGCAGUGAUGGAGAGGCCGUUUGCUGUGUGUUUCUUAGUUUCUGUGUGUGCAAGAGAACAGAGUGUGCUGAGUGAGGUGGGAACAUGGCGCUCCCUAUUCACUCUCCCUUUCUUUCUAUGUACUUUCUCCUCCUCCUUGUCACUCUUUUACUCCUAAGUUGCAGGUCAGAGGUAAUAGGUAGCAAUUAAUUUUUUUUUUUACACCAAAUCAGAACAAACAUUUCCUCCCCAAAUCCACACCCUAACCACUACAAUACAACCUACUAAACUUCUAUUUGCUACCAUUCUGCUCUAGCCUGGGCUCUUCUCCUCUACUCUCUCAGUGACCUUUCACCCCAGACAUGGAGGGAAGAGGAUGGAGGAGGAGAAAAAGAAGAAGAGGAAUGCAAAGGGUGGAGUAGUAAUGGUGUUUCAGUGCUGUACAUAUCUGUCUCCUCAGAGUGAGUCACAGGGACCUGUUCAGCAGCCCUGACACUUUUUUCCCUCACCAGUUCUCUGAAAGGGAUUUUGAUUUGUGUCUUCUUUCCAGUUCAGAACUUGUCAUGGUUUUAUUUAUUCUUUGUUUUCUCCUGCCAUUAAUGUAUCCAGCCAUCACAAAUUCCACAAUAAUGUCUUUCUCUAUUCCCAACAAACACCAAACAUAAAGGAAAAGGGCAGUAAAUCAGAAGAAAACCACUAACUCAAGAAUUGUUCCUUCCCUGUUUCCACUGACAUGCCAGCAGCUGCCCAGACAGUUGAAAUGGCUAAAUGGUUAUAUAUUUUUAGUCUCAGUUUUUUGUCUAGUCUUAUUUGAAAUAUUUCAACAUAUUUUCAUCUAAAUAUCACAGACUUUGAACUUGAAUGGUAAUGACUUUUGAUCCGUAAUCUUUCAGCGCUGUUGUCCUGAAGCUAUUAAAACUUUUUAAUCAACAGAAGCUAAAAAACUCAAGGGAUGUUACAGAAUAACUUGCACGUAGCCUUUUUCCUUUUUUAUGCUUAAAAGUACUUUUACUUUAUUCGUUUCUGAGUAGUCUGUGCCGUGUCUGUGAGCAUUGGAAUUUACACAGCGACAGGAGACAGAAAUUGUACUGCUCUCCAACACACAUUUUUCUGUUUCAGUUGCUUUGCUUCAGAAGCAGUGCACCAACAGAAAAUGUUUCUUUUGUUUUUUCUUUAAGUUCCCUGCUCCCCACCUCCUUCUCUCUCUCCCUUCUCUUCCUCCCACCCUUCUCUCUCUCUCUUUGUCAUCUCUCUGGGCGGAUUCCCAGCUGACCGUGUUUGUCAUGGUAACAGGCAGCGAGGCAACAGGCCCAGCCACUUGCACUUCCUGACUGAGUGGAAAUGCCUGACAGAGGUGCGCCUGCGCGCUGUUUGCUUGUGUGUGUGUGUGUGUGUGUGUGUGUGUGUGUGUGUGAGCACACAGACAGGGCCAGGGUGCACAAAGCUGUCAGCCUGGAUUAGGUUCAAGCACACUGCAAUGCUGCCUACUGCUACUGGGCUUCACUUUAUGAUAUUGUAGACUCUCACCCCAGUGGAGGCUCAGAAUGCUAAUAUGAUGACAGCUUGCGGGCCAAUGUCAUGGCAACAAAGCUACAAUCUGAUAUAUGUUGGGUAAAGGAGCAAAGCGGAAGCUAGAUGAGGAUGAUGAGGGAGUGGAAGGCAAAGCGGUGGCGAUGGCCGAUGGCCUCUCUAAAGUUUCCUACACGCUGCAGAGGCAGACCAUCUUCAACAUCUCACUGAUGAAGCUGUACAAUCAGCGAGCGCUGGCUGAGCCAAGCCUGGAGAAGCGUGUGCUUAUUAACAAUAUGUUGCGGCGCAUUCAGGAUGAGCUAAAGCAGGAGGGCAGCCUUCGGCCACUCUUCUUUCCUCCUUCGCCUCCUCCAGACCACCCAAUGGACGAGGGAUUUCGGGAAGCGCAGCCUGCUUUUGGUGUACUCUCUGUGGUGGCUUCACCCCCUGUGCUAUCCCAGCAGCCCCCAGCCCCACCUCCGUCCCCGGCUCUUGCCAGCCCCACGCCACUGGAUGCAUGCCUUACUCCGGCAUCUUUGCUGGAAGAGGACAGCGCUGUGUUUUGCACUUCUCCCUCUUCACUCCAUCAUUCUCCAUCUAGACUCCGCCCCCCCAUGGCCACUGACAGCUUCUCCUCAGCCCUGGAUGAAAUCGAGGAGCUAUGUCCAACAUCCAUCGCGGCAGGGUCUAUCACUACCUCCUCGCUCACCGUGCCCCUUCCCAUGCCCCUCCAGCCCUCCAGUCAGCCCACCACAGUAUCAGACUCCAAAAACGGCACCAAAUCCUGCAGCUUAAAGCCAGAGGGACAGAGUCCACAAGCUGUAGAGCGGUCAAAUACAGGUACAGCAGGUACAGCAGCUACUGAGCCCAGAGGGAUGGACUCUCUCCCUACAAGUGGCUUGGACAUGAGCACUUUGCCAUCCUCCUCUUCUGCCUCAGGCUUUCUCACAGAUCUGGCCCUGGACGAUAUUCUAUUUGCAGACAUUGACACCUCCAUGUAUGAUUUUGACCCAUGCACCUCGGCAGCAGGGGCCUCCCCAUCCAAACUAUCACCUGUGGUGACGGCCGAUGACCUCAUCAAGACUUUAACCCCCAACCAGCCUUUCAAAAUGGACCUCACUGAGCUGGACCACAUUAUGGAGGUGCUUGUAGGAUCGUGACCACGUUCGGCUGGAAAUGCAAAAAUAAAUCAAUUUUAGAUACAAAUUUAAAAAAUGCAAAGACUUUGUGGUUGUUUUGUACAGUUUUUUAUUUUUAAGGCUAGACAAUUGUUAUAAUGAAUGGUGAUGUCACCCAGUACUACGUUUCAACACUGUGCAUGCACUGUGCUCGCCUUUCCAAAUCGAUACAUGAAGGAACACACUUGGCUUCUGUCAGAUUCAAGUGCCUUCAUCCAAAAUGACCACUUGGUAAAUUCCUGUUGUUGUUUUUUUUAAACUAUUGUCUGUAUUUAAUUUCUCCAAUAAGCAGAGAAGGAGUAGCAGCUCUUUUCCCCUCCUCAGUGUACAGGUGCAAGAAUGUGCUAACCAAGUCUAUUUUCAUAUAACUCUCAUUUUCAUAAAGCACAACAAAUUUAAAAUAGGAACUUGGUUUAUGUGCUUCUUUAGUGUUAUUGAUCAUAUAAUAAUAUUAUAGAGAAAUAUUUAAGUGAAUUUGCUUUAUAUUUAAUCUUGAAAUUAUUUUUACUCUUUAGUAUGAAAUAGAUGCUUCACCCUGACUGAUGUGUUUAUAUAUGAGCUUGGUAUGAGAUGUACCUCAAAACAAAUUUCAGAUGAUCUGCAACGGCAAUUCGGUUCAGGCAAUACGUGCAAACUGUGCAUUUCUUUUAGAGAAAUAAGGAGCUCUCUUCCUCAUCAGAAGGAAAAACAGUCUAAGCUAAGUCCCUUUAUGCGAUGCAAAUGCUCAUAAACGCCACCUUUUUUAUUUUUCAGGUUUCCAAAUAUUUUUUACAUUUGUUAUUUUGUAAGUGUAAUUUCCUGUAAAAAAAAAAAAAAGACACUAACUUAUAGUAAUGGCCUGUAUGUGCCUGAUAAUGCAACUUCAUGCAUUUUUAUAAUUUAUGUCAUAAGCAGCCUCAAAUUCUUAGUAAUAAAAAAAAUUAUCGAUAGCAAAUGCAAAAUAUUUUCUACUUCUUACAUGCUGCUUGUUUUAUGAGCAUUUUCUUCACCCUCUCUUUGCCAGUGGUACUUUAUUAAUAUUGCAUGCAGGAAUGCAUCAUAGUUGUACAAAAGCAAGCUGUAGAAUUUUAGGCAAGUGGAUUUUCUUUGACUUUAUGCAUACCUUACUUUGGGUGAGUUUUGCCCAUAGUCACUAUAUCACAUCUUGGCUCCUUGUUGUCUCUCUUGAUGUUUUUUGGACCAGUAGAAAUGGUCAGAACCACUGGGACAUAAACAUUAAAGAUUUUGAAUUUAAAGCACGAGUGAUGCUUGGCCACUUUUAUGGUUUAAAUUAACUAAAGAAAAUGUUCUUAUUUAUAGUUUUGAGUUCAUUACCAGUCUUGAUUCCAUGAUUCAAAUGCCUCUGUGGGCAACGAAAGUCAGCAUAUGCAUUUAGCUGUAAAACCCACUACAAAACCCUUAAUGCAAUCAAACUGUAAGGAUGUACUGGAAUUAGGCUUUGUAUUUUCAUUUCAUUUCUGAUUAAUCACAUUGUACAUGUGCAAAGGGACCAUUUCUCAUUCAUAUCAGCUGCUUAGUAUUAUAGACCGGUUUACUGGAGAGUGCAGUUAAUCACUGAUGACUUCGUAACAAAUAUCCUUUCCCAUCACAGAUUUCAAGGGGCGUCUUGGCCCCUAAGCAUAGAUUCACAGGAGCAUUAUCAGACAGUGAACUUUAGUACUGGUUCUUUACUAGUGUGACCAUUUAAGAUAUGGGAUUUGAAAACAUUUUUUACAGAGAAGCCAACUAUGGGAGUAUGGAUCACAUUCAAAAGUGCUCAAGAGAUUAUAUAAGAAUUUGAAAAGAUGACGAUUAAGAGUAGUAUGAAGCCAAGCAGGUGAUACUAUUCAUUUAUAAUUAUAAUUACUGAUUAUUUUAAGUAGUUUGAUUUGGAGUGAUUUUUGUUUUUAAAUUAUUUAUUUUUCAUUUCCUGUGUAAAUAUAUUUAUUUUGAUGUGAAUCUACCAUCUGGAUUGUAAUGUGUAUAGAAUUUAUGGUAGGAAUGUACUCUGCUUAUAGGAAUGUAUUAUACAAUGAAUUGGGUUGGAAGCCAUAUUUUUUCUGUUUUGAAAAAAUGUAUUAUUUUUGUUUCUGAUUUUUGUUUCCUAUAUUCUAAUUUUGGGGUGCUAUUUGUGGCAGUGUUUAGGUCUACACUCCCUACCCCUGUUUAAAUAUGAGUAUUUAAUGCCUAUGUACUUCAUAGUGUGCAAGGGAAAAACAAUUGUGAAGCAAUAUUUUAUCCUCUUAAAAUGUUUGAAGUUCAGACUCCAAAGGUUUUUUUUUUUUUUUUAGGAAAGUCUAUCUAUAACCCUCAAUGCCAAAACAUAUGAAAAGCAGAAGUGAGUGUUUUGUGAUGCCGGUUACUGUUAGUAUGACAUGGUGUCUCCCUGACUAAAACCCAGACCACCUGUUUGGGGGAAUUUAUAACAAGUUCAGUGGUUUUCGAAAGACCACCAGGCGCUGAUAGGGGUGUGUGUGUGUGUGUGUGUGUGUGUGUGUGUGUGUGUGAGUGUGUGUGUUGUGGGGGUCUCUUUUCUGCUCAGUAAGAGAGGCUGUAUUUUUCACAGACCUUGGGAGCUGUGCCUUUUCUAUGCAAUUAUAAACAUAUUCAUUUUGAGGAAAAACCCACCCACCAACUGAUGAUCACUGUAUUUAACACCAAGGUGUGGACUGUAGAAUAUAUAUAAAAUAUGGACAGGUGUCUAUGAAUUUGAAACAGUCUUACUUUUGUAGUUUUAUAUCAUACAAUAAACUAUUCGAAUUAAAAUGA